CUUCGUUCGCUAACAACAGCAACAACACAGACCAAAAACAUAAACAAAUUCCCUCAACAUGUUCAAAUUGGUGGUGUUGUCUGCUCUCCUCGCCGUAGCUGUUGCUCGUCCCGGUCAUCUUUAUGAGUCACCUGUAGUCUAUGCCGCGCCAGCUGCCACAGUUGUCCAGGAAUCCGUGCUGGCCAAGGUGGGCGCUGUGGUCAAGAGCGUUCCCUCCUCUGUCUCCCAUCAGAGCCAGUCGGUGGUGCACAGCAGUGCCCACUAUGUGGAGGAUGUUGUCGCUCCGGUUGUGAAAUCAUAUGCUACUCCAGUUGUCUCCAGCUAUGUUGCCGCUCCUGCUCCCGUCAUCUCCAGCUAUGUGGCAGCUCCUGCUGUGGCCACUUAUGCCGCACCUGCCCCAGUACUGAAGACCUAUGCCACACCUGUUGUCUACAACGCCGGCUGGUAGAGUGUAAUUUAGUGUAAAGACUUCCAGUUCGAGUAACUGGACUAAACUACUGAUCCAAAACAGAACAAAUUAUCCUGUAUAUAUAUUUCCGAUUCCGUUUAAUUGCGAGUAAAAUGUGAUUGUUUAUAAAA